GGACCCCUGUGAGGUCAUAUUUAGUGGCCCGGGACUGAACGCGAAUCCGACGAAAACAUAGCCUGCUUUUGUUGUUCUCUUCACGACAAAUUACAGGAAAAUGCCGAAAGUUAAGAGAAGCCGAAAGCCACCACCAGAUGGCUGGGAACUUAUCGAGCCAACUUUGGAUGAGCUGGAUCAGAAAAUGAGAGAAGCUGAAACUGACCCUCAUGAGGGAAAGCGGAAGGUGGAAGCUCUCUGGCCAAUUUUCAGGCUGCACCAUCAACGGAGCAGAUAUAUUUACGACCUCUUCUUUAAAAGAAAAGCCAUCAGCAGAGAGCUGUAUGAGUAUUGCAUUAAGGAAGGGUACGCGGACAAGAACCUGAUAGCCAAGUGGAAGAAACAGGGCUACGAGAACUUGUGCUGCUUGCGUUGCAUCCAAACCAGAGACACCAACUUUGGAACCAACUGCAUUUGCAGAGUCCCAAAGAGCAAGCUGGAAGUUGGAAGGAUCAUCGAAUGCACACACUGUGGAUGCAGAGGAUGUUCUGGAUAAUUGCUUAUUUCAUGCUGAACACCACCUCUUGCUCACACAACUGCUUCAGAAACAUUUUUAUUUUUCAGCAUCAUUCCCAGCAUUCUUUACAGGGCUCUGUAUUCUCUACCAGAAUAGGCCAAGAAUGGCCUUACUGUAUUCAAUGUUAUUACUCUAUUCUGUGUUUUUAAUGUCCUAGUAAAACCAUUUCUUUUCUGAAUCUCUAAGAAGGAAGUUGUCUAAAUUAAACAAGGUGCGGAAAAUAAUUUUCAGUUCGCUUUUUUUGUUUUAUUCAAAGUUGGCUAGUAACUUAAAAACAUUUAGUUUUUAAAACAUUUUGUUGCAUUAGUUUCAAUAAAAAAAAUUUAAUUGA